AGAAACUUCCCUUUUGCCUUGAAAUGGCUCAGAGAAGUCCUGCCCCUCCAUGCCAAGCCAGAGAAAUCCCCGGGUGGCUGGGUGCUGGGUGCAGGGAGGGUUCCAAGCACUGCGGUGCCACCAGCCCUGGAGUGACCCCCGGGGACUGCUCCGCUCUGGCCCCAAAGAGCUCUCUGGGGUGGAGCAGCAGGAGGUCACCCUCCAGGUGACAGGCUAAACCAGGGGAAUUUUGUACAUAAAGAAGGAGCAAAAUCCCUGCUGUGCUUAGAGGCAGGGCUGGAUGCUGCUCUGCGUUCCUCCUCUCCAGGUCCUGCUCUGAUCCUUAGCGCUGUUUUUGAGGACAGCACAGAGGUGUCCGAGGAGCUGCUGGCCUCGCUCGCCUUCAUGAACACCAGCUCGGACUGCUUGCCCCAGGAGCUGCACGCUGCCAUCCCUGCCCUGGGGACCCUGCUCCUGCUGGGCUGCAUCCUGCUCAACGGCGUGAGCUUCUGGGUCUUCUGCUUCCACAUCAAGCAGUGGGAUUCGGGCAUGAUCCUCCAGUUCAACCUGGUCCUGGCAGACAUCACCAUCAUCCCCGUUGCUCCCCUCCGGAUUUCCUACCUCAGCCUCGGCAGCCGGUGGCCAUUUGGCCAAUUUCUCUGCCAGCUCGAAGUCUUCCUGCACAGCACCCACAUGUACGGCAGCAUCUAUUUCCUGAUGCUCAUCUGCAUCCACCGGUACUUUGUGGUUGUUCGGUACAAGAGCAAGUCCCUCUGGAAGAAGAGGACCUUCUUGAGAAAGCUGUGCUUGUUUGUCUGGAUCGUCCUCUUUGUCCAAGGGCUGCCUUUCUUCUUCGUCCUCAAAACUUCGUUUAUUGAUGGCUCAGAAAGAUGCCUGAAUAUUCACCAGUCAGAGUUGUCCUCUGUUUACAUAGUCUACAACAUGGUUGUGGUUGUGUUCUCUUUCCUCCUGCCCUUUGCUGUUUCCUUGACCUGCGGUGCUCUGCUGGGAGCUGCCAUUGCUAGAGCAGCCAAGAGAAGCUCCAGAGGUAAGAAGAUGAAGAACAGGUCUCUGCAGAUGAUAACAGUGUCUCUGGUGAUUUUUGCCAUCUGCUUCGGUCCUCUGCACAUCUGCAGGACCAUAGGCGUCGUCGUGAAGUACUACAACAUAUCUUGCCAGCUCCUGCACCAAGUGGAAGUUGCCUACUACAUCAGCUGGGUCUUCACCAUGGCAAACACCUGCCUGGAUCCCCUGAUCUACGUGUUUGCCAAUGAUAAGUUUAAGAAGAGCUUUGCUGACUCCUUCCGCAAACGGUGGGGCACCAACAGAGUGUGGCAGGGAACUGGGAGCCCCCUGAGGGAAGGUGCUGAAGAACUGGACCCUGAGCUUCUCCCUCCUUUUUUCUGUCCCAGGUCCCCAGAGCUACCAGCAGCAGUUCAGCCUGGCAACACUGCAGGACCUGGGGGUUUCUCUGUGUUCCCCCAGUGACACCAUGGGGUUGUUCCUGCAGGCAGGGGCUCCCUGGGCUCUGAGGAAGCUCUGACUAUGCACAGCUCCUGGUUGUAUCCCAGGUGGUUGGACCUCUUGUGCAUGGGUUUCCUGAGAGUGCUGAAAGAGCCAAGCCCUACUGGGUACAAGGGGGGAAUAGGGAAAGAAUUUAUACCUAAAGUCAUAAAUCAGGAGAAAGUCCAGUGAAAACUGUUGUGAAUUCCUGACUGUGAAUGUUUUUGUGCUUUUUUUGGGAGGAGGGUCUGCAUGUGUAUGGAGCUGAGGAGGGUGCAGGUCCCAGCACUCACAGAAUGCCCCCUGUCCAGGCACCCUUGGGCACCAGCACCUCCCCAUGCACCACUGGGCUGGGGCCAGGCUCCCCCUUACCCACGCAUCUGAUGGAAGGACAAGGGGGCAGAUGUUGAGCCAUGGAUGAGGGGUACAGGCGGGAGGUGUGUGGAUGGGGAAAGGAACUUCAUCAGCCUGGUAGGAAAUCUGGACUCAGUCUGUUGGAAGGUCCUUGGGAACAGGAUUGUGUGCGCCCCUCUCAUCAGCCUGCCCUUGUCCCACGACGACUGGGCUGAAAGCCUGCGAGGAGCUUCCUUCACCCCACUCUGAGUGGCAGCCAGGGAGAGCAAAAGUGUGGGGUGAAGGGUGCAGAAACCUGGAGCCUGAAUGCAAAGGCCGUGCUUGUCCUGUUUGGGCACGUUGCCUGGCCAGCCCUCAGCCCUCUGGCUGCUCUCAUCCUUGGCACCUUUACCUUGAGGCAGGGGACUGUGUUUCAUGGUCUUCUCCUUCUUCAAUCACACCAUGCAGAUGGGUGCCUGGCCUCUGGGAGCAUGGCAGCCCCAGGGCAGUGGCUUCUCCCUCGGGGUGGUGGGAAGUGGCUG